UACUCACCAAACCAAAUCCAAAAGGGCAAAAGGGUCUCAAGGUAAUACGCCAAUAAAGGUCACCCUAAAAUUGGUUCAGCCCAAUUGCCCAAUCAACACACAAACUCCUACAAUUUUAUAGUUUCAACCCCAGAAGAAUUACAAAUUACGCACCUUCCUCCUCAAGAAAUUGUAAUUUGUUCCUUUCAACUUCUCAUACUUUCAUCAUUCCUAUUUCAUCUCAGAUCCUCAAAUGCAGUCCUGCAAAUCCUAUCCCAGUAAUCCAAAGGGCACAAGAACAAACAUGGAACCAGUGUAUUCAGAAUCGGAGAAUUUUGUUGAAACAGAAAAUACUUUGGAUAAUGACCAGUCUAAGGAGGCUGAGGACAGUGGGCCGGGGAAAAAUAGUGAGUUGUUAAUUCCUGGGCUUCCUGAUGACAUUGCACUUUUCUGCUUGGCAAGGGUUCCUCGAAGGUAUCAUGUGCUUUUGAAGUGUGUGUCAAGAAAAUGGAGAGACUUGGUUUGUGGUGAAGAGUGGUACUCCUACAGAAAGAAACAUCAUCUCCAGGAGAGUUGGAUUUAUGCCUUAGGUAGAGACAAGUCUGAACAGCUGUGUUGUUAUGUUUUGGACCCAACUCGAUUAAAAAGGGGAUGGAAGCCGAUUAUAGGACUUCCACAUCGCUGCAUAAGGAGAAAAGGUGUAGGCUUUGAAGUGUUGGGGAAGAAAUUAUUCCUAUUCGGUGGAUGUGGCUGGAUUGAAGAUGCUACUAAUGAAGUCUAUUGCUAUGAUGCUGCCAUGAAUAAGUGGAAUCAAGCUGCUUCCUUGGUGGUUCCGAGGUGCUACUGUGUAUCUGAAGUCUUAGAUGAAAAAAUCUAUGCAAUUGGAGGCAUAGGGCCCAAUUCCAGUAAUUUACCUACCUGGGAGACUUGGAAAGCGGAAACAAGAAGUUGGACUUUGCAUGAUCAGCCUAACAUUUUCCCUGAUAUUGAGGAUUCUAUAGUCUUGGAUGGGAAGAUUUACAUUCGCGGGGGUUCUUCGCGUCUAUCUUCUUUAGUGUCUGCAUUUGUCUAUGAACCAUCCAGCAAAACAUGGCAGCCAGCAGCUUCUGAGUUAGUGUCAGGUUGGCAUGGUCCAGCAGUAGUUGUAGAUGGAACGCUUUACGUGUUAGAUCAGUCUUCAGGUACCAGGUUGAUGAUGUGGCAAAAGAAUAAUAAGGAAUGGGUGGCAGUGGGGAGAUUAUCACCCCUAUUGACAAAGCCGCCCUGUCGGCUUGUGGCCGUUGGGAAUAAUAUCUUCAUUAUUGGAAAGGGCCUUAGCACCGUCGUUUUUAAUGUUGAAAACUCAAGGAACAUGGAUGGUGUGUUAGUGAGCACUUCCAUACCAAAGUCGAUAUCUGAUGAUGAUGUAAUAAGUUGUAAAGCAAUCACAAUCUAAGUUCAGGAAUAUUGAGUGUAACACCUUGCUGUGACUUGUUAAUGUUCUUCACUACCAUCAGUUCUGCUUCGCGUGUGAUUCAAAUUUAUCAAAGGUCUCAUAAUCAGCUGGCCCCGUGGGCGGGGCUCUCUCUGUAGUUAUACGAGCAAAAUCUGUUAUUUCUGUACUUAAUGGAUUUCAUACUUUGUACACAUGCUGUUGGAUUACAUUGUGAGCAUUCAGAUUUGGUGGGGAAUUAUCUUCAUUUGUAUCA